CUUCGAUAGAGGCGGUUCACCAGGCAUGGAAAAGGAAGGGACGGAGAUGGCAGAGGAAAGUGAGCAAAUACUAGACAAGAAGGAGCCGGAGAAUCCCGUUUCUGCGGUGGAUUUAAAAGAAAUGCGGGCUGUGAUGUUGACAGGCUUUGGUGGUCUGAACAAACUCAAAGUCACCAAGAAACCCAUGCCAGAGCCUCAAGAAGGAGAAGUCAAGAUUCACGUGAAAGCAUGUGGGCUGAACUUCCUUGAUCUAAUGGUGCGUCAAGGAAAUAUUGAUAAUCCUCCCAAAACUCCUCUUGUGCCUGGAUUUGAGUGUUCAGGGAUAGUGGAGGCAAUGGGAGAAAACACCAAAGGGUUUGAGAUAGGUGACAGAGUGAUGGCAUUUGUAAAUUACAAUGCCUGGGCAGAAGUGGUGUGCACACCGCUGGAUUUCGUCUAUAAGAUCCCAGAUGACAUGACAUUCCAAGAGGCGGCUGCCUUCUCCAUGAACUUUGUGGCUGCAUAUAUGAUGCUGUUUGAAGUGGCCAAUCUCCGGGAGGGGAUGUCUGUAUUAGUCCACUCAGCAGGAGGUGGGGUGGGUCAAGCUGUUGCUCAACUCUGUUCCACUGUCCCUAACGUCAUUGUGUUUGGGACCGCCUCUCCCUUCAAACACGAAUCCAUAAAGCAUUCGGUCACACAUCUCUUCGACAGAAACAUUGACUAUGUUUCAGAAGUUAAAAAGAUAUCUCCAGAGGGAGUUGAUAUUGUACUGGACUGUCUGUGUGGAGAGAACACAGGAAAAGGCCUUGCUCUGCUCAAGCCAAUGGGAACUUACAUUCUGUAUGGUUCAUCAAACAUGGUGACAGGAGAGACCAAAAGUUUCUUCAGCGUUGCUAAAUCUUGGUGGCAGGUUGAGAAGGUGAACCCAAUCAAACUCUAUGAGGAGAAUAAAGUCAUGGCUGGAUUCUCGCUCCUGAACCUCCUCUUCAAGCAGGGAGGAUGCAGCCAAGUCAAGACAGCAGUACAGAAACUUCUCUCCCUCUAUGACCAAAAGAAGAUUAAACCUGUUGUUGAUUCCCUUUGGGCACUGGAAGAGGUGAAGGAGGCCAUGCAGAGAAUCCAUGACAGAGGGAACAUAGGAAAGCUCAUUUUGGAUGUCGAAAAGUCUCCCACACCUUUGAUGGCCAAUGACAGCACAGAGACCAGUGAAGCAGGUGAGGAGGAGGAGGAACAUGAAGGAGACAAUGACAACAAGGAGCGAAUGCCCUUUAUUCAGUGAACCCAUCCACUUACAACAAGACUCAUCCAGAGACUAUCAAAAACCUGAGCUGUACUUUCUGACCCUGUGCUGUGCUGAAGUGUGUGUGUGAUGUUUUUGCUCCGUUCUUUGUCUGUACCAUUGCCAUUUUUGCAGGAUCAAGUCCUGAAAACACUAACUGUGUUGUUAAAUGUACAACUGAAGUGCCAUUCUUAGUGCAGUGUUGAAAUGUGUUAUAGACCAAAAUGUUAUUGUAGUACUAACUUCAUGAGAACCCUUGUGCAGACUUGUGAAUAUUUUAUUUGGGCCUGCCAAUCAGUGGAUUGACAGAUUGCAAUGCGUCUGAUGUAAAUGUGUUUGAAAUGUUUGGUGAUGUUAAAGGAGAUUGUGAGACAGUGUGUAUAUGACUGAACGGAAUGGAGAAUUGAGAGACAGUAUUUCUACUAUGUGCAGAGGAUGAUGUGUGUGUGUGUGUGUGUGUGUGUGUGUGUGUCACACACUUUUUAGUGUGCCUCUCUGUUUCAGCUCAAAGUGAAAGAAUCCUCUGUGUUACCCUUUAUUUAUCUCACACAUCUUAAGAUAUUAAGCAAGUAUUACCUCAAAAUAUUGCUCACGAUCAGCUAUGUAAUCGCCCACUUUUCUUAAAGGAGUAGUGCACCCAAAAAGACAAUUUUGUCAUAAAUUAUUCAUUGCAUUUCAUUCUUUUAUAGAACACAGAAGGAGAUGUUAGAACAACAUUCAUGCUGGGUUUUGUCCAUAUAAGGAAAACAUACAGUGACUAGGGGCUGUCAAGCUACAAAAAAGGCAUCGUAUGAGUGGUCCAUGUGACUAUGUGAUACAUUUCAAGUUUUCUGAAGCCAUACGAUCGUUUUGUGUGAGAAGCAGCUCGAAAUUUAAGUAGUUAUUUAAUGAUAAUCUUGCCCACUGCAAUCGCUCCGAAAUCUCAUUCCCGAUUCUGCACAUUCAAACAUGGCAUCGUCAAGGUCUUUUAACCUUUUUAAAGGAUUAACCAACAACAAAACAAAUCCUAGUGCCUUUAGUUGCAUCUGCUCUGAGGACAAAGAAUACUUAGUGUUUGGUUUCCCCUUUAAUAUUUUAUGAAAAGCAGACAAAGAAUAAAACAAAACGCGUGAUUCUGUGUAUGUGUGGUAUAAUAUUUUGGUAACAUAUUACAAUAAGAUUGUAUAUUAACGUUGUUAACAUUUGUAUAUUAUUCAUAUUAUGUGUAAGACAUGUGUAACAUUAAAAAAGUUAAAUAUCUUGGUUAAUGUUCAUUUUUCAGUAUACUAUUGUUCAUUGUUUUCUCAUGUUAGUUUAAAUGUAAGUUCAAUGCGUUAAAGGAAUAGUUCACGCAAAAAUACAAAUUCUGUCAUCAUUUACUCACCAUCAUGCCAUCCCAGAUGUUUUUGUUAUUCUUUCUUCUGCAGAACAC